CUAUAAUUCUGAGCUACCAAUUAACAUUCAACACAAAUUUGACAAGUGGCGCUCUAUAUUUUUGACAUGUGGACUUCACCCUCAUGAACUCAGGCAUAACUCUUCAGCACCACCACCAUUACCGUUCAAACUUCUCAUCAAAGCUCUUUACAGGCUAAACUCUUUAGCACUAAACGUAAAACCCAUUUCCCAUGCACCUUUCAAGCUUCUCUUCAAACCGUUAUACAAUACCGUAUUUAAUCUUCUUCGUUGAAACCGAUUCUUAAUUCGGCAGCUGUAUUUAAAAUCACAAAACUAAAAACAUUCAUGCUGAGCAUCCAACAACCAUCAAAACCUCAUCUUCGCUUCAGUCAUCCAUAAAACUCAGCUUAAUCUCAGAUCGGAAAACAUAAAACUCGACAGCUCAGGAACAAGUGUACAAGAUAUAACAUCUAUUGUUUCUACUAUGCGAACAAUCUUCCAUAGAACUCGGAUGUAACAACCAAAUUUUGGGAAACCAUAAUCUCGGAUCGAAAAACAUGAAACUUGGCAACUCAGGUCAGCAAUAAUUUUUCAAUCUUCAAAAACUAUAUUGUUCUUUUGUACCAAUGCUCCCGAAUUGAUUUCUGAAAGUUUGUAUCGCUACGAUUUUUAUCACUUUUCAAGCAAUAAUCACUACCACUAUUUUUAGAUGGCCUAUUUGAAGAUCUACCAAAAAUGGAUGUUGUGAAUGAAAACCCUUUCCCAAAUAAAACCUGUUUCAUUCAACUUUGGUAGAUGUAUGUGCCUUUUCAGUAAAAUUUAAGAAGAAAAAUAUAUUGUUUCUUUAAUUUUGAUUUUGGGUUAGUGGGUCAAUGCUUUUUCAUUCUUUAAACUGAUUAGAAGUUUACUUGUACUCUCUUGGAAACAAACACUUAUGUGAAAUAGUCGAUUUUCAUUCAUUUAAUUGUAUGUUAAAUCUCUUUCUCUGCCUUGCAUUGACGAAAUUGUGGUUUGUGUGAUAAAUUAGUUAGUUAUCGCCAUGGAAGAUUCGGCAAGAAGCUUCGACAAUCUGCCUUCUGAUUGGAGUGGCGAUCCCUGUUUGCCUGCUAAGAAUUCAUGGACUGGAAUAAAAUGUUCCCGUGAUAAAUUGGCUAAAGUUAUCACUUUGGACCUUACAGGCAUUGGCAUGAGGAUAUCCGCCUUCAAGCAUAGGCAAUUUAAGUGCAAUCACGCAUCUUUUGCUAUGAGAGAACAAACUAUCUGCUCUCAUUCCAAACUUGAGCGUGAUCAAAGAUCUAUAAACUCUGGUAUUUGGACAAAAAUGAAUGUGAAGGAUCAAUUCCUCCAUCAUUAGGCUUACUGAAAGGGAUCAAUAAAUUGUAAGUUGAUAGACAGUGAAUAACACCAAUUUCGAUCAGGUACUUAAGUAAGGUUAGUUUAUCGUCAGCUAUUUCUAACUCAGCUUUGAUUCAUUCACAUAUUCCUCUAAAAUAUUAAGCUCACAGGCAAAAUCUCACCGUCUCUACUAAAGAACAAUAACAUAAAUCUCAAGUAUGAAUUAAUAUUUUUUUUUUGAAGAUUUUGAGUAGUGAUAAUUCUAUUGGUAUAAUUGUAGCAGGGUGUCUCCGGGUAGUCAUCUAUCUUCUUGAGUGGGCCAAAUGCAGGUGGUGAAAAGCAAAAGUUUUUAUUUGGGAAAUACAGUUAUGGAAAAGGAAGACAUAUGAGCUUCAAUUCAUUUGUAAAAUAGGAAACAAAUGUAUAGAUGUUUCAUACAAAAUUUUAUAAUGUAAAUAGUUUUCUGUAGUAUAUGUACUUAUUCACAUUUUGUAUGUGAAUGUAAAAGCCUCUAAUGUCUUUCUCAACUUCAA